AUUGAGGAGGAUAGGAGAUAGACAUGCUUCGCAUUUGAUAUUUGCACAAACGUGGGCCCAUUUAACUUCCAAGACCCCGCAACCCCAACCCCCUCAAAUUCAAUCUUCUGCUAUCAUGGAGACUUCUUCCUCCGAUGAUUCCUUGGAUCCUGCAGAUGCCCUAACUGAUCAUUUCAACUGUAUAUACUCAAUCUUCUAACUCUCUUUACUCCACAACCUCUUCCACUUGCAAUUGUCGCAGUUGCAGUCCUCUAAACCCUCAAUCGCACCUGUACUGUAUCAUCUAGGGUUCUUAUCUUGCAAAACUAUGAUGUACAUGUCGAAGCGUUUGAUGAUAUAAUACUACCCUCGUGUAGUCGGAUUCAUUUCUUAUCACUUUGUUUGAAUGUUUUUGUGAGUGGUGUUCAUGUUAAAUCUGUUUGAUUGAAAUCACUGGGAUUCAUUUACUGAUUUUUGAAAUUAUCGGACGAACCCUUUCCGCUUCGAUCAUGGCAGUAAAUCCUCACUCGGAACCGGCAAAGAUGGAACAGAUAAUCACAGAAUUCUUCGCAAAGAGUUUGCAUAUUAUACUUGAAUCCAGAUGUCCCUACGUCUCUUCACGUAAUUAUAGUGGGGAGCAAAUUUUGUAUUCUCCUUCUUCCUCUGCAUCGUCUUCUUCCAGUACGAGACCUAGAGAUAAGUGGUUCAAUCUGGCUCUCAGGGAUUGCCCUGCAGCGCUUGAGAAUAUCGAUUUUUGGCGACAGAGCAACCUUGAGCCGAUGGUGGUGGAUGUGGUUCUGGUUCAAAGACCUCUCAAUUGGGAUUACACAAGUAGUUCCCCAAACCCAAGAGUAGCAUUUGAGCGAAACUCAUCAUCAAAAGAUCGAUUUCCUUUCGUAUGGAAAUCAGAUUCUGAUGAAUUUGGUAGUGAUGGGAGUACUGAAAAGAUCAUCGAGAGGUGGGUUGUUCAGUAUGAGAGCAAGAAGGGUUGUAAAGAAGCUUGUUCUGGUAGCAAGAGAUCUAGCUCCACCAGUUCACAUGCAUUGUACAAGAAAUCAAUUUUGCUUCUAAGAUCCUUAUAUGUAACUGUUAGGCUUUUACCUGCUUACAAGAUUUUCCGUGAAAUCAACUCUUCUGGCCAGAUUCGAUCAUUUAACCUUAUUCAUAGGGUUUCUUCUUCUGUCGAGCCACUCAUCCGUAGAGAUGAAGCUGAAAUGCAGCAGUUCAUGUUCACUCCUGUGGAAACUUCUUGUGGUAAACUUCACAUUUCUCUCUUAUAUCUCCCUUCAAUUUCUGACACCACUUCCGAAUCAUCUACCCCAAUGUCCCCACAAUUCAUCCCAGAUUAUGUUGGUAGUCCAUUAGCAGACCCACUAAAGAGGCUACCUUCAGUCCCAAUGCCUCAAUACUCUCCAUCUUCUUCUCCAUUUGGAAGGCGCCAUAGCUGGAGUUAUGAUGCAAACAGGGCAUCACCACCUUCAGCAUUGCCAUCACCAUCUCCUUCCCCUACAUAUUCCGAAUCACGAACUUUACACUCUAAAUUUGGUAAUCAUCCUCAUCCUCAUCCCCAUCGCCCACCCACUAGCUCAUCACGUUACCCUUCACUAGAAAUAGCUCAAGUUCAUAACAAAGACAUGGGUUAUGAUGAGUAUGUCCCUUCUCCUAACUUCUCACCCUCUACAUCUCCAUCACCACCCAUGUAUCUUCAAGGAAGCAACAUGUUGAAGGUUCUCCUUCGUUCUGAUAGUGCUCCUGUUUACAUACCCACUUCUAGGCUUGGUGAUGCACCUUUAUCUUCCAAUAAGACAGUUUUACCCUUUUCUCCUCCCCAUAAAGGUACCAGACCAUGUCUUUCUUUACUGGAGAGAAGCUCAAGUGCACUCCAGGGUGCCAAGUUGUUGAAAGAAGAUCAUUCAAAGCCAUCUGGUGUGAAGAUUUCAUCAAACAGCUCCCCACAUAAAUCUUUUUCUAGAAGCUGUAGCAGGUUAUCUUUUGAAGAUAGUUAUGAUGACUCUGAGUUUUCUGGUCCCUUUGUGGUUGAUGAUGAUGAGCUGAUUGAUCAUGGUAUUGGUAGCAGACCUGGUUCAUCAGAUAGAUCAGGAAAUCUUGGAACACCACAUGAACGUGCAGUUGGCGCUCUUGUUCAAAUGCUGAAAAAAGCACCACCACUUCAACAAGAUUUGAAUCGAUCACACUCACUGAAGCAGAUUCAGAUUCAAGAUCCUCCGCCUGUUGCCGCCUCAAACAUGGCGGCUUCUUCUUCUUCUUCUAGGGUAUCUCCGGUAAAGACCACAUCGGAUGCAUUAGAGGAGCUUAAAGUUUACAUGGACAUGAAACAGCUGCUGUUAAGGCAAUCGGGUAAGUCCUAAAAACUAAAAAGAUUGAUGAGAUUUGGAGGGGACUUUGUUUGGUUAUCGUAUAAUUUGGUGAAGGGUAUAUUCGUCUUUUUUUAAAUGUUGGGGUUGACUUUGUACAUAUUUGAAAAUGUUGGUAUAUAUAUAUAUAUAUAUAUCCUAGUGUUAUGAAACUGCCAAUGAGGUGGUUGAUUUUCUGUUUCUGGAUUUUGGUUAUGAAGGGAGGGAAUAUAAGUUGGACAUAUAUAUGACUUUUAUUUUGGUUAUUUUGGAGAUAUUAUGAAAUGGGAAAAGAAAAAGAAUAUAGUUUGUGUUA